CUAUAAAUAAGUGGCAUUCAAGUGUGGAGGGUCUACUCUCGCCCAACCUGUCUAGCAUUAUAGCCAUGCGUUGCCUAGCUUUCUUCGCACUCUGCAUGCUUGCUCUUCUGGCCCUAACUGUGGGCGAGAAGGAGAAGAAAUAUUGCCUAUGUCAUCGCAACUAUGAUCCUGUUUGCGGAUCGGACUCCGUGACCUACAGCAACGAGUGUGAAUUGAAAUGUGAAGUUGAAAACGGAGCCUCCAUUACCAUUAAGAAGAGGGGAAGCUGCUAGGAAUCGGAGCAUGGAUCCCAACUGGUUGUGAUGAAAAGUGAAUAAAUCGUUAAUAUGUGUAAACAUCUUAAAAAUAUCUAUGCUUCUGGUAUCGGACGAAGUUUUAACUACAAACGGUAUUGUUUUAAAAUUAUGUGGUUCAAAUAAACACGACUUGAAUGGCA